GAGAUAGCAUCGAAGCAAGAUGGCUCGUUUUACAUUCCUUACAAUUGCUGGUACAGUGCUCUUUGGAGCUCUCACCAAUGCUGCUACCGACUGUCCCUAUUGCUUUGGAGUGUGGGACUGUGAUGCAGAUCAAACGAUUCCGAGUGUUCCCUGUACUGCCGCUCUUGUGAAUGAAACGGUAGCCAGGUUGGCUAAAAUUUAUGUCAACCUCACUGAAUAUACCAUUCCCACAACGGUGUAUAGUUGUGUGAAGGUGGGGUUGGGACGUUCCAAAGGAUCAGCCGACAUAUUUGCAGUACAAGGAUGCACAUCCGGCACGAAAAGCAUUUGCGGAGAGGCCACGUGGGAUUCUAGUGGCUAUCUAAGUUGCUACUCUACUGCGGGUAAUCAAUCACUGCACGAUCUCAGCGGGUCACAAUCACUGCACGAUCUAGGACACAGCGUGCUCACAGGUGUGCUACUGAGCGUUGCAGUUCUUAUCAGUGCUUUCGCAAUGUCAAGCUAAAGAUAAUCAAAGUUGCUUCUUAUUCCGAGCAGCGUGCUUCUAAUGCAUUCGGCUUAAAUAAACAACGCGUACGAGCAACA